AUGGGCCUGAAACCAUCGCAAGGAGAAUUAAAUGCUGCGCUCCUCGCUGUAGUGGCGCAUAUUCCCAACGCCCAUCUAAUCCAUGGCGACCUCAUCGUAGCUGCUAGGACUGUUGAAGAUCAUGAUCGAUCGGUUGACCUUUGUAUGCAGGCCAUUUCGGACGCAGGGAUGACACUGAAUGCAAAAAAGUGCCAGUUUGGAAAGAAAGAAAUUUCGUUUUAGGGAAUGAUCUAUGGUGAAGAUGGUGUUAAACCGGAUCCCUCGAAGGUGGAAGCACUUGUACAUCUUACUGCCCCGACUAGCAAAGAAGAAUUAGUCAGUUUCCUAUGCAUGAUGCAAUCGAACUCGGACUUUAUUCCAAAUUUUGCCCAGAGGACGGCAAAGCUUCGAGAGUUGACGAAAGGGAGAGCAAGAUUUGUUUGGAGCAACGAGCACCAGAUAUGUUUUCAAAGGCUGAUUGACGCAUUCCGGAAACAUGUACUUCUUAGAUACUUCCACAUGAGCAAGCCAACGUAUGUAUUCGGAGAUGCUCACAUGACCGGUCUAGCAGCAAUGCUUGCCCAAGGAAACAGUGUGAGAGAAGCCAAACUAGUCGCAUUUGCGUCCAGAACGACUAGCCAAGCUGAAACAAGAUAUCCUCAGCUCGAUUUAGAGACAUGA